AUGGUACGUACUUUUCAGUAUUUCGACAAAACCGUGCCAGAUGAAGAGACGUGGUUGAACCCACUCGACCUGUAUAGAGCUCGAUUACUGAAUAGUCAGGAAGGCAGGCUUAUCAACGACUCGGCUAUGUACAAUGGGAACCGAUUCGAAGGGGAUAUUAUUAAUGAACAUCACAACACUCGAAAAGGCAGUCCAUAUGGCGAGUCAUUUUCGGUAACCUUCAGUGGAAUCCAAAGGAAUGCCGUGCGACAAACCUACCUGAAAUGGGCGGACGGUCGCAUCCCUUACACGAUUAGCUCUCAGUACUCUUCAUACAGCCGAUCGAAGAUAGCGGAAGCAAUUGAGGAAUAUCGAAAGAAGACUUGUAUUGACUUUUCUCCGAAAAGUGCCGCUGACCAGGACUACAUACAUAUUGUGCCGGAUGACGGAUGCUAUUCCCUUGUCGGCAGAAUAGGAGGAAAGCAGCCAGUCAGCCUCGGUGAUGGCUGUAUACAGAAGGGAAUCAUCAUUCACGAGCUCAUGCAUGCUGUUGGAUUCUUUCACGAACAAAGUCGUGCAGAUCGUGAUGACCACGUAAUUAUCAAUUGGAACAAUGUGGAAUCAGGCCUUCAAGAUCAAUUUGACAAAUACUCCUUGAACAUGGUGAAUCAUCUUGAUACCGAUUAUGACUAUGGAUCAGUAAUGCACUAUGCACCUACUGCAUUCAGUAAGAAUGGAAAGCCAACCAUAGAACCACGAAAGAAGGGAGUCGAAAUCGGUCAACGCCAUGGUUUUAGCGAGUUGGAUUUGUACAAAAUCAACAAGUUAUACAACUGUCCGCAAUCCGGUUAG